GUUUAGUUCUUGGUCGGUUCGCCCGCGAAAUUUAAACGAAAUCGUUACGUGGCUGUUGUUUAGUUAAGAUAAACAAUAUUAACAAAUUGGUUAAUCGCGUCGAGAAGUUCGGUAGCAAUUCAGUACGUUGUGUUCGAUUGUGGUGUAAACAUAUGAAAUUAAGUGUGAAAAGUUCAUACUUUACAUUUAUCGCGUUAACAUGAAAGAAUUGAAAUGGAGAUCGAUACAACUCAAAAUUUAGAAUGAGCCCUGCCAAGUCAGAUAAAAGAAGAGGAUGUGUUCGCCCACCACAUUUCGACAUACUAUGGCUUCCACGAACGGCAAUAAGAUCCGUGGAAGGCGACCCCUCCGACUGUAUCUUAGUGGUCGGCGUCACCCGUCCAAGGAUGGCGUUAGCCUUCCUCACCGUCGUUCUCCUUUCGCUAGUGUUGACUUUCCACGUGAUAUACGAUAGCGCCCUUAGCAGCCUUCAUAAGUCCGAGAAUAUCGAAACUCAACAACCACCAGUUCUUCUAUCUAGAAAGUUGUACCCUAGAGCCAUCAGAAGAUUACCGCAGGCCAUUAUUAUGGGCGUUCGAAAAUGUGGCACUAGGGCAUUGUUGGAAAUGUUGUACCUUCAUCCUUUGAUUCAGAAAGCUGCAGGAGAGGUUCAUUUCUUCGACAGAGAUGAGAAUUAUAAUAAAGGCUUGGAAUGGUAUAGGAUGCAAAUGCCACAUUCUUACAUCGGGCAAAUAACUAUCGAGAAAAGUCCAAGUUAUUUUGUGACGCCGGAGGUACCCGAACGAAUACGUGCAAUGAAUUCCAGCGCAAAACUGUUACUCAUCGUGCGUGAACCUGUAACCAGAGCUAUUUCUGACUACACUCAGUUGCGUGCCAACGCGGCAACAGCGUCACCGACUAAUAUUCCGAUAUCAAACCCCAAAUCAUUUGAACAACUGGUUCUUCAUGCCAACGGAACCGUGAAUGAAGGAUACCGACCGUUAGCUAUAUCGGUGUAUCAUAAUUAUCUUCACAGAUGGUUGGAGGUUUUCCCUCGGGAGCAGCUGUUGAUAGUAAACGGAGAUCUACUAAUCGACGACCCAGUACCACAGCUUCAGAAGAUUGAACGAUUUCUUGGACUCGAACCGAAAAUUGGAAGUCACAAUUUUUAUUUCAAUGAAACGAAAGGUUUCUAUUGUUUGCGAAAUGAAACAUCUGAUAGAUGUUUAAGGGAAACGAAGGGAAGAAAACACCCCAGGGUAGACCCGGAUGUAGUAUCUAAAUUAAGGGAGUAUUUUGGGGAACACAAUCAAAAGUUUUAUGAGUUGAUUGGUGAGGAUCUAGGCUGGCCGGAGGAUUAAUAGCCUUAGUGUUUUUUUAAUCAAUGAUUUAGCGCAAAUUGAACAAGAAACACCAAGAGCACAAAAAAUUGUUGAAUUAAAUUAGGCCUAUUAUAACUAAAUGCGAAAAAAAUAUCCUAAAUUUAGAUGAUUGCUCAAAUUAAUUUACCUAUAAAAGGUAAUCUUGUGAAUUUGUUGGCUUCGUUUUAUUUACAACACAUGUUAAAAGGGGGCACAAUAGCAACUAAUGUGUAAGCGGCAAUUUAUUUGUAUGGUAUGAGUUUUCGAUAAAACAUAUCGUAUAUAUAUAGAGUAAAACUAUUUUUAAAAAAAUACAUAUCAAGUAAAACAUAUCAUGAACCUCAAAAUCUGUUUUACCGCUUAAGUAAAUUAGUUAAUUAUAAUGAAAAAUUGUAUAUUAAUUGUUGUGAGAAUAUGUGGACCUGGUUUUCGGUUUGAUCAUAUUGAUCAGUGCCUUAAUUAUUGUAUGAAGUGAAAUCCACAUUGGAACUUUGUAGGUAUUGUCGUAUUUCUUAAUUCAUUUUGACAUUCUAAUGAAAAUAGUAAUUGCAGUAACUUGGCUGAUGAUACAAACAAAAUAUUGAUGUGAUAAAAAUAACGAAUUUAAAUGACAUUUAUUUUGUUAUUCCGUCAUUCAGUCACAAAAGAGUACGAGUACAGAGGCAAACAUUAUUAUCUUGCCCGACAAUAUUUUCUGAAUUCUCAACUUGAUUUCCAAGAAACGAGUUGGUUGAAUUUAUUACGAAUAUGUUGAUGAUUGAUUUUUUAAAAUGUGUUUGAUUUGUCUUUUAAUUAUAGAAGAGCUCCAAUCUCAAAAUGGGAAAAAACAAUAUGUAAAUAAAGGAGAGGUUUAAGUACAUGUAUGUACAAUGGAUAAGAAGAUCGCCUCAGUAGGGUUGUGUAAGAGAGCAAAUGGGUCUUACGGUACUGCUAAUCAAAUUUGAUUCUGAACCUGAAAUUUUGUUCAUAUUUGAAUUGCGUAAGCGAAAGUUUUUUAUUAAAAUUUAAGAAAUAAAAAUAAAGAGGAAGCAUUAGGCAAACGCUUAUUACACAAUAAAAAAGAAAAAAGUUGACUUUUUACUAGAAUGUUUUUUAAGUUUAUGUUAAAAUCCCUAUUCUAUUAGAGUUUUGUUAAUUUCCAAAAUAAAUAUACAUGUUAAGUUGAUAUUGACAAUAUGGUGGUGACCGAAAUACGUUUUAACUAUGUCAUAGUUUUAGCUCAUACUGUGCAGUGCACGAAAUACCUCUACCGCUUUUCUACUAAAUUCUAAAACCACAUUAAAUAGCUUCAAGUUCUUAAUAAUCUAAAAGCCAAAGUAGUCACCUUUUUUUUUUAAAUAAAACUAUAUUUUAAAAAUUUAUUCUCAGCAUCUAGUUCUAUAUAUAGUAACCUUUUGUUUUUCCCGUUGUGAUAGAUAUUUCUUACAACUUUCGAAAUCUGGAAUGGUAACGGUGCGAAACAAUUGAAGAAAGUUUCCCAAUUGAAAAGUGCUACUGACAAUGAUCAAACAAUAUUUCCCUUAAAUGUUAAUUACACGACUGCUUUUAAUUAUUAACUUGUAAAGAAAACAUUACUACUUUUAAAUAGUUUUAAAUAAUAUUUGCAAUACAAAAUCAAUAUGCAUUUUCAAUCCGUUAGACAGAACUCAAGCGAAUGAUGGGAGUUUUUGGUUUUUGCUGAUUUUGGUCAUUUUGAUGUUAACGUCAUUGGACGUUACAGUUGAAUGCGGUAUUUAUGCUUCUUCCUAUUAGCUGUCAAGUGUAAAUAUGACUGAAAAUAACCGAGGACCUAUAUAUAUUUAUCAAAAUCUCGUCUUCUAUAGAACAUCCUCGCGUUUGAAUUUCACAUUUAUUCAGGAAAACGAAAAUUAAUUCAAGAAAAUCGGGUACUGCUGUAGCAUAUGAAAAAAAAAUUCUUGCCUCUCAGGCGUUAAUCUACUUGAAACCAGUUAAUGUGAUUUCAGAAUUUUUGAUGGAUUGCAAUUUAUAUAUACUAUAGCAAUGCUUUUCACGUAUAUGCUUUAUUUUUUUUAUUCUUAGUUUUGAUUGCCUUCAAUCAAAGCACUAUUAGGAUGACAAAAAUUUGAAUUUUUUAAAUAUAAUGUUUAAAAAUUUUGAAUUACGGGGCGUAAAACAAGUACGUUUCCUAUGUAAAGUGCCUAUAAGACCAUGUCAAGUAAAAUAAUAAAAAUUUGCACUAUCUUUGCUGGCGACAGCAUAUAAAAUGUUCUAUGUUAAAAAAAAUCUCAAUUUUUCUAAUAAAAUUGGUUCCUGGUACCUCGGUACCAAUAACAAAUUUCAAUAUUACUUCUGUUUCUGAUCAUAAAGCGGACGAAUUAAAAUUUACAAGCAUAAUGAAUUAAGAAAUACUUAACAGUACGAACCAAUAAUAUUUGUUUACAACUGUUUUGUUUUAGCCGAUUUACGAAUUAUAGUUACAAAGCAAUAGAAAGUAUACUUACACCAUAAUAGCUUACACAUAUAUCCACAUAUUAAUGAAGUGACGUAAUAUGGGACUCCAUUCCAAAUUAGGCGAUGGUUAUCUCAAUUUCGUUGGAAUAACUUUUAGUGAAAUAUUUGUUAUAGUCAAGUUGUUGCUGAUUCAGUUUUGAUGGAUAAUAUUGAUAGAUGAUUAUAAUGUGUGGUUUCGGUAAUGAAAUUCUACUCUAGAAAAAAUGUUAAGUUUAUCGGUUGACUGGGAUGUUUUGGUAUGAUUUCAGAGUCAUUUGUCAUAUUGGUGGAAAUAUAGGUUGCCUAUUUGAUAAUAUAGAAUUAUCAAGAGAUGGAAGUAGAUUUUUUAAUGAGAUUAUCUAUGUUAUCAUGGGUUGCCCGCCGGUAAAACUAUGUGAAUAUCUUCAAUAACUCCAGCUCGAAAUAACAGCAUUCGAAACUAAACAUAUCAAAUACAAAUUAAGCACAUAUCAAAAAUGUGAUUGAAUUAGCUGUAUGACUUUUUAUAAAUGAUGAUUUUUCUAGGAUUAAGUUUAUUAAUUAAGGCAAAAUUAUAUUUAAUGCAAUAGGUUGAUAUCUUGUCUGACUGUGUUUAAACGUAAUAUUUUGAAUUGUAAAUUAUAAAUAUACCUAAGCAUAAACCAAAGUUAACAAAUACUAUAAAUUUUAUUAAAUCGUAUGUGUGUUGGAAGAAUAUGCAUGUUUGUUAAUUUUUAAAAGUAAUUAAGCAAUGUAACUUCUAAGAAUUUUUAAUGGAAUAUACUGUUUUCCUCAAAAUUAUCUACAUAUUAUGGUGAGUGGCGCAAUAUUUUGGUAAGGUACCAUAUCUUCCAUUAUCUAUUUUGAAAAAUUGCUUUAAUAAAAUAAAACAUAUGCCAUUUAAAUUAUACGGGAUGUUUCAUGAUCACACUACUAAUAAAAAACAAAUAAUUUUAAUGGAACAGACCAUAUUAUGAUUCCUACAACAAAUGCUUAUUUUACACCUUACAUAUUUUCCAAAUAUACUGCCUUUUAAAUGUGAGAAAACGAAA